AUGAAACUGGUCCAGGAGCCUCCAUUGGUCGCUACUAUCGAACGGCCACCGUCGUCCGAAGUACGGGGAGGGAUUGCUAGUAACGGUCGGACCACCAGGAAGAUUCCGGGUGUGAGACGCUCGAGGACAUGCAGGUCAGUCGAUGCCGGAGUUAGCGCUCGGGAAUUGAGUAUCGCUUCUAUGCGGUACAACGCCGUCGCGAGUUUCUCGUAGGUAAAGGUGUGCGCACCCACGAUCCGGACCGGCAAAUGCUUCGCGGGCCGUACUGCUGCUACCCACAGUUUACCGAAAUGCGGAGCGCUGGGCGGGUUAAAUGGGCCCCGUACAGGAUAACGCGGUGGCGGUGAUAACGGCCUGUGUCUUGGCGAUAUUCGCCGGUUGACGGAGCCGCCGGUCGGCACCGAUAAAGUUGGUCCCGCAGUCCGAGUAGACGUCGCGAUAUUCAAAUCGGUGUUCAAAAGAGGGGGUACCUAUUUGAAAAUCAAAUUACUUAUUUAAGGUAUAUGGAUUAGGGGUGAAUAAUUAAAAAUGUUAUUAAAAUAAAGCUUAAACGAUUCCAUAAUGAUUAGAAAAAACAGAAAUCAAAUUCACUUAAAAUCCUCAGAGAUAAUUGCUGGUUCAUGAUAAAAAUAAUCACCCCGUAUACAAUUUUAAAUUGUACGCAAUCCUUGUUAAUAUUAUUGAUCCCUGUUAUUUUUUUAAAAUAAAUGUAUACCCGCGGUAAGGCCGCUCACGGAUGGUAGGUAGCAAGGAACAUGAAAACCGACCUUUGGCGUCAGAUAUCAAGACUGUUGUUUAGUAGGAACAAAAACCGGACUAUCGUUAAAGAUAUGAAAGAUAUAUUGAACACUCUUAGAGUUUUUGAUUUAAAUGAGUUUGUAUACAUUCCAACAGAAAAGAGAACCAAAUUGAACAACAAAACUCGAAAAGGGAAAAUGAUUGGAUAUACACACAACGGGUACCUGACAAAAAAAGAAUAGUCACAGCCAGGGACAUUGUUUUUGAUGAACCAAUUGCAAUGAAUAACCAGACGACUCAGAAGAAGAUACGCAAGCAACAUCGACCAAUGAAGAACAGACAGAUGAACAAAUGGAAAACCCACAAUCAACAAGCAAGGACAGUCAGAAAGUCAGAAAAUAGACACACCACAAACAUAUGA